AUGGCGUUUGGCAUCAACAUUCGAAUCUUUCUCUUGCUGGUUAUGGUCGUUCAUUCAACCUGGUCACAGGUUGGCGACAAUUCACUAAGAUUACAUAUACCUGUUUGGGAUAUAACCGAUCUUUAUUCCCGUUUAUCGAGUGCACUUCAUCAUCCACCAGAAAAUCCUACAACAUCGCCGCCUGAACAGCAAUUUGAUGCAGCCGUCUUGGCGAAUUAUUACAAUAAUUUCUGGCAGAGUGUCGAGAAUAAGAAGCAGCAGUUGGGUUUGUGGUCAGAUUCAAAUGCGGGUGAGGUAAUACCUGUGGAGCCGGUGCCACUACCGCUUCCUCCACUCCCGCUACAGCCGCUACCCCCGUAUCGACCACAAAGACCUUUACGACCCUUGAGACCCAAUCGACCGAGACCCAGACCAACUAGGAGACCAACAAGAAGACCUACAACAACCCGGAGAACAACGACCACAACAGCAGCAGCCACAACAACAACGUCAACUACGGUCAAACCUACGACGAUAACUACGACAACAACCAAGGCAACAACGACUUCCACAACAGCCGCUUCUUCCACUACUGAGUCCACAUCUACAGAAUCUACUUCAACGAAUUCGAGUGUAGUUUCUACAACCACAGGAUCGUCUACCACAGGAUCGUCUACAACAGGAUCGUCUACAACAGGAUCCUCCACAACAGGAUCGUCUACAUCAGGUUACUCAACAACAGGUACCAUAAUAGUUAGCUCUCGAACGACUCAAUCACCAUAUUCCACAGAAGCGACCACUGUCAAUCCUAUCUGCAAUCUGUUUCCCCAUCUGCCCAUCUGCACUUCAUCCUCCUCGUCGAGUCGUCUGCAUUUCCAAGAGCACAAUUCUACAACGAUACCCACGGUCCUUAGCCAGGUCGAUACAUUCACUAGUCAACUGCAUCCAGAGCAACAAUUGAGUCUCCAAUCUUCGCCAUAUCCCAUGACCUCGCUCUGUUACAAUUAUCCGAGGCUCUGCGCCCACCCGGAAGAGGCGCAAUAUGUGCGUUUGUCCGAUGGCCAUGGCAGACCCAUGCUUUUGAUAGUGCCCGAUCGAAUGAGUUACAACAAAUACAACAUGCCCGAGACAACAACGCCGAGAACCACCGCCAACAACAACUACAACAACAACAGACCCAACAAUAUGAGAUUGAGACCCUAUAGACCCACACCUCGACCAGCUUGGCAGAGACCACAACGCAAACACAAUUAUCUCAAAAAGAUGCCCAAGUGGAAAUUAUAG